AUGAAGACACACCGCCUGAUCGAGUAUGUUGAGGUCUUGUAUUUCUUACUGACAUGUCUCAACCGGACCCACGUACGGGGUGCCGAGAACAACCGAGCUGGCCUGGCCGGUCUGAACGACAACGUCCUGGUGGCCUUUUUCUUGCUUGUGCAGUUGGAAGUGCCGAAUUUCCUGGGACCUUUUUCGAAAAAGGAAAAAUAUGAAAAAGUGAUUGAUGGAGCUAUAUAUCUUUUCACCAAUACGGUGGUGACACAGGAGUGGAAGGAAGAAGAGAGAGGGUAUACCGUCCAGGAUGUUCGUCAUGUCAUCGCGGGACUGAACAGCCUCCUGGAUGACAUAAAAAACGGAAAUGAAAUCUACAUCACCUGGAUUGAAUUAAUCACCAAUGAAUGUUGGAGGGAGGAAGAUGGUUGCAGAGCGCUGAGCCCUCGGAGUUGCACCCUCUCUGUGUUGAAUGCUCUCCCAAAAAAGGCUCUAUCAGUCACAUGUAGCAGUUGUAUUAUGUACGCCUUAAACUACGCACUAUACUCGAGGCUUUUAUUUAUGAACAUGGUACAAAUACAAAACUGUAAUGAAGAAAAUAAUCUGAAAUUGAUAAAUCUGACCAAGGAUGUAGGGUUUGUGAGAGAACAUCGAAUAUACCUGAACAGUUUGGAAACCAUUUCUGUGGCAAAGAAUGUUCGAAGCCAAGUGAUUAUUUUACACAUAAAAGAUGCUAGAAAAUUGGUAGACAUUUUAAAAACACAUGGACACGAAAGAUUCACACAGGUGGUGAGGGACGCUUUGCUAGAGGUGGUUAAAAAAACCAUAGAAACGUACAAGAGGUAUUUACACCAUAAUAGUUCCUUUAGUAUAAAUGGAGAAAAUGAAAAAAAAAUGAAUUUAUCAAAUUUGGUUUACCUUACCAUCAAUGGCUAUUUGUACAUGGAUGAUGCAACUGGAGGAAAUAUUCGCGUGAGAGAUUUUGGUCUGUUCUUUACAGAAGAUUCUUUGGAAAAAUGCCUUCUGAUGAUAACGAGGAGGAAUCUCUUUCUGCAGGUGGAGAUGGGAACCCUGGGGGCAGAGGCACACCAGAAUGGUGGUCAUCAUUUUCCCAUUGGAAAUCUGCUCACCCUGAUCGAGUUCCAACUUGUCCUGAACUCCUAUUUGCACUUCGGGGAGAACUACUUCUCCAAGACAUUGAUGCUCAUGAAAAAGGUUUUUUACGCGGAGGACAAGAACGAAAAGGGGGUAUUCAGCUACGGGGAAGAUGGGAUAGACAGAGCAGAUAUUGAAGAGGUGGGCGUGGUGAACAACUUCUUGGCCAUCGAGAAGGGAGGGAAGUUGCGCAAAGUAUUCCAAGGAGGUCACUUGAGAGGUGCCCCCCAAGAAAGUCACUCGAAACGUGUCUCAUGGGGGAACCACCACCUCAAUGCUGUGCCCCCGAAUGAACACAGAAAACAAAUCGAAGAAUUCAAAAGGACACAACUGGAACUGAUGGACGACCAAACUAUAUUCUUCAUCAUGCUGGUGAAAAGCCUUCCAGAAAAUAAAUACACACUGAUGAAGAGCGUCAUCGUUGACUUACUAACCAAGCCAGUCUACUCAAACUCACUAAAAGGAUUUUCUUAUAAUGAUGGAAAAAAGAUUAACAAGGAACUAAUCGAAAUUUUGGGGGAGUCCUAUAACGACCCAAUAAAUAACCUUAAAAGGAGGACGAUGCAUUUUGGGUCCAGAAUUAACAAAAGGGAAAUCCAAGCCUUCGAAAAAUUAUUACACCAGGGAUAUAAGCUAACCCAAAUAGCUUUUCACAAUUAUAGCUCUAUGCCACUAAAUAGUAGAAAGAAUAUCUACUCAGCGGUUAAGAUGUUCUCGCUCUUUGAGCAUAGGGUGCAUUACCUCACUGGGUGGGACGCACAUAUUUUAUUUUCCAAGAGGAUAUACCCUGAAGAUAUGGUGGAGAAAAAUUACAACGUGUACUCCUAUGCACAUAGUGGGGGCAACCACUGGUUCAUUAUAUGUUGCACGGUCAUUCCUCUCUUGCUGAUAAUUCUAUUAUUCCUUUUGUACAAGUACUUUUUUCACGAUAAGCUCAAGUUCUCCUUCCUCUUCAGAAAUAGGAAGUACAAAAAACGCAGUCAUGGUUCAUCGGGGAGUGCGCUUAAAUACUAUAGGCACCUCUCUGGGGGCGUAAACUUGUCCAGCGCGCGCCGACAGCAUGCGGACAGGGCGGAGCUCCAACACUUACUGCGCAGGAGGAACUGCAGAGCGGAGAUGAAGGCAAAGGGAAAGGGGAAAAAUGACGCAAAAAAUAACAAAAAAAAUGGUCCAAGUAGUAAUGCAAAAACGGACACAAAAUUGGACAGGACCGGCAGGGCGCACAGGCUAAGCGGCUCAGGCCACGGUAACAAGACCCAUGGUCGGAACAAAUUGGCCGAAGCGCCCCACGUAGGAGGAACGAAGAAACGGGAAACAAAGAGCAGUGAUUUCUUCAUGGAGGAAAUUCAGCCUAACCAUGAUUUCGAAUAG